AAAGUAUUGGUUUCAUGCACCAAAAGAAAAUGAAAAAGGAAAACGAGAAAGCACCCUUCUUUAAUUAUUGAUAUCUUAUGCUGGUGUGCCUUCUUCUGCGGUGCUGAGGUUUUCUCGUUCAAUUCAAGGGCUCUGCCUCUGACUGUUUCUUUCCUCUUUCUUGAGGCAGCACUGUACUCGAGACUUUUCUUGUGAAGCCUUUGCUGAAGUUUUUGUCAGCAGAGUCUCAAGCUUUGCCCAUAUUUGCCUCUGUUUCGCCAAAGAGACAUGGCUGGUGAGGGCACUUCACCGGACACACCCGCUCAAGUUGAAGUACAAGAGCCCACAACAAUUGAAAAGUUCGAACCAGAAACUGUCUCUCAUACCGAUUCCCGUUGUGAAGAACAAACACCGAAGGCUGAAGGAAAACCCAAAGCAGAUGAAGUAGGGACUAAUGGUAUCCCCGUUCCCAAAGUGGAAGAAGUCAAAGGGGAUAAGAAGAUUGAGGAUGAAGACGUUCCUAAAAUAGAAGAAACCAUUCCAGAACAGAACAUUGAAAAAGAAGCAGGGGGUGCCGAAGUUCCUGAUUCUAAAGCAGAAGAGGCCCUUCCAGAUAAGAAGAUUGAAUGUGAAACAGGGAAUGCUGAUGCCCAUGUUCAUAACAUAGAAGAAACCACUGCCCAGAAGAAGAGCGAAAAUGAAGCAGACAAUGCUGAUAUUCCUGUUCCUAAGGCAGAGGAGAAGGCUGCUGAUGAAAAUGUGCAGCCUGUUGAAACAAUUGCUAAACCGGAGAGUGAUUCUCAGGGUGGAAUGCAACUUGCAGGCACCGAAGCAACUUCUGCCAAAGAAAUUGGUUCUGAGAAUGUUGUAGCGGAAGAAAUGAAGGAAAAUACAGAAGCGAUCAGGGACAAACCGACUGAACCCGACGAAGGAACUCAAGCUGUGGGUGAAUUGACUGUUGGCCUGGAGCAAGAGAAAAGUGGAGAAGCUUUUUCAACUGAAAACAGUGGAGUGGCAACUGAAAGCUUUUUGGAUGUCAAACCAGAGAUAAAAGACUCAAAAGUUCAAGCUGCUGUGGAGGUACCAUCAGAUAAUAAGGUUCAAGAAUCUGAGUUGGUCCCAGUAAUUUGUGCAUUACAGGUCGACCAGCCUGUGGGAAAUGAGUUGGACGCACCUGCUGUGGAGGAGUCUCCAAUCGUGGCAGUAGAAACAGAGAAGGAACAGUCUGCAUUGAAGGAGGAAGUCUCGGUGGAGAAAGCACCUGAUGCAUUAGAAGUUCAGGAGCCACCAGCACCUGGACCAGAACCCUCACCAUCUGAAACAGAAGUGGAGGAAAAAGAGUCUCAGGUACCUUUGGCCCCUGUGCUUAAAGUUGAGCCUGAGAAAGAGGUGGACGAAGGAUCAACAAAUAAUCAUGACCCUCAAGAGGCCACGACAAAGGAAAUCUCAAGGGAUUUGCCUGAGCAGGUUCCUGAUAUGCCAAAGAAAGAUGAGAUGGUGAAGGAGGUUAUAGAUUCAAUUGCUACAUCAGACAUAGUCGCCGAUGAGCCUAUGGAGCAAGUUCUUGAGAUGAAGGUUGAUGAAACAGUCGUCUCGACUGGUCGAGAAGGUCAGUUGCCUGAACCUGCUGUAGAAGCUGCAAGAAAAGCAGAAUCAGAGGUGGAAAAAGAGGGAGAACCCAUCAUUGAGAAUAAAUCACAUAGCCUUGUUAGUGAACCAACGGUUAAAACCACUUUGCAUGAUUUGAUGAAAGUAGAUAAUGGGAGUGAGGUGAUUGAAGGGUUGGUAAAGGAAACAACAGCAGAAAAUUCUGCAGUUAUAGGUUCAGCUAUUAUUGAACAGCGCCAUAGCACCAACUCAGCUGCUGCUAUGGAAAUGGUAAACGAUCCAAAGAAAUCCGAGCCUGACACCGGUGAUUCGGGAGAACAGGUGAAAGAAACCACAAGUGAUUAUGUACCACCAUCUCUUAGUCCAGCGACAAAUGGAGAUGAGCCUAAUACCAAAGGGACUAGUCGAGAAACUUCUGCAGCUGAUCCCGAAAAGGAGGUAGCAACCGAGACUGUGAGGGUGGACGAAAGCACAGAAGUUGCAGAGAAAAAGGAAACGACAGAAGAGGUAGAGAAGGUGGACAAAGAGGUGGUUGAUAGAGAGGAGGAAACAGUGGAUCCCAAUGUUCCAAAUUCCGAUGAAACAACCAAGAAUGUGGUGGAGGAAACCGGCAAACAAGAGGUGACAAUCAAGUCCGUCCCACGCCAAUCCAACAACAUCAUGUUAAAGGUUAAACAGUCGAUCGUCAAAGUUAAGAAGGCCAUUACUGGUAAGUCUCCGUCAUCAAAAUCAUCCUCGUCCAAGGCCAAUGAAAAGGCGAAACAAUAAGCAAUCCUAGGCCGAUGAUAUGGCAAAACAAUUGGCAAUUAGCAAGCAUGAAGAAGUAUUUGAUCGAGUCCUAUUUUCUAUCAAGACAUGCUAGAUUCUUUUAGCCUCUUCUAUUGUGGUGUAAAUGUUUCCUGCAUGCUGCUGGAACUGCUGAUUUUAUCAGCCAUUUGGCAGCAAUGCGCUGUUGGUCACUCGCCAAAAUCUUUGUUAUCUCUUGGCCACAUGGUGCAUGUCAAUGUGUAGAACUGGAGGUGAGGUGUCUUCGUGGCAGUAAAAUUUCUUAUGGUGUCCAUAGUAGGAGAAUGAUUCUAUAGUGUGCAUUGGUCUGUGCUGUGUAUUUGUGGAGUGAAAGCCAGUUUCUUUUUCUUUUGAUUCUUUGAAUUGUGUUUGAGUUUGUUUGCUAGAUUAAGACAAUAAUACUGUCAUUUGUGGAAGAACCUAGGUAAUUUUGAUUGAUAUUCUUUCUUCA